AUGGACGAUCCGAUGCAGGUCGAGACCCACGUCAUGGUCGACGGGCAAUAUCAGACGCGUCGAGCAAACCUUCGCGAUAUCCUUGCAACGCAACGCGUAAAGACGGCACAAAAACAAGAGGUGCCCAAGUCACUCCAUGCUGGUCCGUAUAUCGGCAUAGUGUCUCGAACUCUGCUUCAUUCGCCGAUGAUCAAUCAUGUCUUUCCUGCACGAAUUCGCCGGGGGGAUAAGAACGAUUUGGUGUUCGUCGGCGAGGACUUUGUGCAUGUCAAGGAGGCUUCCCCGGACGGCUCCCUUCAUCAUGUGGCUUUCCAUGCCACAGACAGCCACAUCCGUGCCGCAGCCAUCCUAGGAACCCCUUCUGUAGAUCAUUCGGUGGAAGGAGAAGGCUUAUCGAAGCCAAAAGUCAAAGAUGAGCAUGGUGUCCAAAAGGUGCUACCACCGGAGAUUUUGGUCUGUACCCUACAGAGUGGUAAUCUCCAGUUCAUAUGGCCCGAAAACAGGCUCGGAGCAACCCAGUUCCGCAUCGUCUCAUUCGCACUCCCGAUCGAUAUCAGCCACCUGAAAACGUUCGGGAAGCAUCUCGCUGUGGAUGCGCACGGACGUGCCAUUGCAGUGGCUCCAUCUGAAGGUGGCGUCAUGUUCUAUAAUCUCUUGCCGCGGAAAGAGAUGGAGGCCAUGUGGGAGGCAUCCCCUGAAGAAUUUCAUCCGUUCAAGAAUGAGACCGCCAUCGCUAUCAACGGCACCAUUCUGAACAUGACGUUCUUGCAGCCAUCUACCAAUCCCCAGGAGAAGCACGUUGCGAGCCUCGUGGUCAUCUUCAAGGCCGUGACGAAGGUGCGAAUGAUGUGUUAUGAAUGGGACGUCAGAGACGCCAAUCCCAAAAUCGACACGGUCGUCAAAGGAUAUCCCAUGUCGCACGAAAUAAAAAAUCCACAAAUGAUCAUCCCCUUGGAGCGAUCUCGGUCAUUUUGCGUGGUUUCCGAUAACCUCAUAACCCAUAUCACUGGGAUUCAAACCAGGGACCCGGUUUUCCGCGGCCCGUUACCACUGAACUCCGCUGAGCCACGGUAUCCCGGGCUCUCGAGAAGUUCUCCGCUUUGUACACACUGGUCUCGAGCCAUUCGACAUGCAGAUUGGAAGGACCAGAAACAGGAAGCAUUCUACGUGGUGCGCGAGGACGGGCAAGUCAUUUAUAUCGAGGCUACUGAAACCGGGGUGUCUAUGCAGGCAACGGUGGGCAUCUUUGAUUGCCACAUAAACAAGGCAUUCGCAGCUUUCAUGAUCGGGGAUGAGUUGAGAGAGCCCGAUUAUCUCAUCGCAUCGGGCUCCAUGAGCGAGGGUCAGUUGUUGAAAAUUGGUGGUGAGGUCCCGGAAGACUUUACGCAUCCGACUCGAGAGACGUCGUUAGACCCUCAGUCGGUUCAGACCUUGCGAGACUGGGCCCCGACCCCGGACAUGAUUCUCACCAAUUUGCAAUCGCUAUCGCCAGGGCAGGGUCGUCCAGAACGAAGGCCCCUCAACUAUCCUUCGAUCUUCACCACCGCCGGCAAUGAGCCGUACGGUGCAAUCGUGGAACAACGCAUUGGUCUCGAGCUCCGGAACGGUACCAUGGUCGAUAGUGAUCUUUUCCUCGGCACCACCAAGCUUUGGACGUUCUGGGAUGCCGAUAUGGCCAUGUACAUUCUGGCUUCGCGUGCCGAAGAAAGCAACCUGUUCCGCAUUCAGGACGGCGAUCUCAUCGAUGAAGAGCUCACGUCGGCGAACUGUGGUUUCAAUCCGGAACGCCCCACGGUGGCUGCAGGUGACUUUGGUCAAUACGUCGUGCAAGUCACUCCGGAAGCGGCUUUUGUGUGCAGUCCGACUCAUGAAGGUAUCGCUUUGCCACAGGACCACACGUUCUUUGCAACUUCCGGAGGCAAGUUCGUGGCUGCGGACAUCGAUCAGUCCAGCAUGACCAUCGCCUUCGUCUCGAGGCAAGACAACCGCAGCCACCUUCACCUAGUGGAAUUUGACGAGGACGAGGCGGGUGGCAUGUAUGAUCGGAAUUGGGGAACGGUCCCCCUUCCAUCAGUGGAAGUGACCUGUAUACGCAACAUGAGCAGGGAGGACGCGCAUGUCGUCUUCCUUGGACUGUCAGACGGGACGAUCGCCGUGUUUCCCGCGAGCCCAGGAGCUGGCUUAUCGUCGCCGUUCUUCCUCCCGUUGAGUGGUGAGCCUGCCAGCACAGUGGAGACGCACGUGGCAGAAACUGUCACGGUGUUGGAGAAUAUUGGAUCUGCCAACGAGGACGGCGAUGAGUUCAAACUGUUGUGCGGUCUUCGAAACGGUGAACUAUGCCAUGACACGUUUAUUCUGCGGGCUACCGAUGCAGGAGAGACCGAGAUAGUCUUCAAGGGCCAAAUGGCGUUCAUCAGGAUCGGACAAUCGAGUCUAUUUAUCACAGAUUCCCGCGAGAGCUCGGCAGCCAAAUACGCGUACGGGGUCUGUGGAUCGGUGAUCGUCACAAUAUUCUGUGAUACCUUAGAUUUUGUGAAUGUGGAGCGCGUCUGGAUCGCCGAUCAACACAGAUCUGCUUUCAGGCAGCCUACCGUUUGUACACUGGCCGCGAUCCCCUUAUGCCAAGUUCAGAAUCACAAGGAUGAGGUCGCGUUGGCUUACAUCGUCGGAGAACAUUUGUACUUGGGCACCACGAGCACACAAGUCAAGCCAGUCCCAAGACGAAUCGACAUCUCGGGCUCUCCUGAACGAAUCAUGUAUUCGCCUUUCCUCAAGGCGUUCAUUGUUUCUUCCGUUCGAACUGAAAUUCGGAACGGUAGAGGGCGAUCGGAUCCGGACAAGAGAAUCAAGCGCGGUGUGAUCUACGUCGUCAAGCCUGAUGGAGGUGCCGACGAAAUUAGCACCCUGGGCAUUAAACAGGAGGAAGGCGAAAAUUCCCGGGAAAGUCUGAUCCUGGGAGCCUUUGAUUUGUACCCUAGCGAAAGGGUACAUUCACUAUGCGAAUGGGAGCUCCAACUCCAGCAAAGGCGGAUGAAGGAUGUCAUGAUCUUGGUCGGUACGAGCUACACCAAGAGACGCAGUAACCGCCUAGAAGAGCUUGGGCGAAUUAUCAUCCUACGCAUUGCCCUGGCCAAGGAUGGGACGUGCAAGUUCGCGGUCCUGCAAAAACUGGAAGUUCCAGCUCCUGUCCGAGCGGUGGCUUCGUACGAAAAGGAUGGCGUGGUCAUGUGCACGGGGAAGAAUCUGGUCUUGAAACGAUACUCGAAAGAAAGGAAAAGGCUCCUGACCACCACUUCAAUCGAGCUUCAAGCCCCGGGAUACAGGAUGUCAGUGUUGCCGCCUGUUAUUCACGUCUCAACGGCAACCGACUCGGUGAUGUCGUACAGAGUACAAAAUCGGACCAAUCCUUCAAACACAGCAGCCAACCCGGAUCGGACCCAUCCAGUCGAAGAGUUUGUCCUGUUUGGGUCAGACACUAUCGCCCGCACCUCGGCAACGCAUCUUGAGGUGACCAUCGAGAACGACGCGCGAUCACUGAAUGGAGUUCCAUGGCUCAAUAUCAAUGGAGAAUCGAGCCCUAAGCUGCUGCUUGUGUCGGACAAAGACAAAGGCCUGGCGGCUCUAUGGCAACCACCAUCUCCCGACAUCGAUAGGGCGGGGGUGGACAACCGACCAGCAUCCGAAAUAUCACUUAAUCGAUCCAUCACGACGCUUCGCCAGCUUUCGAAUCGUCCUCCGUGGAGGAAUCCUUCUCAGUAUCUCGCCGACGCGCAAGAACCUAGAUCCCCCUCGGAUAGUCCCACGGUACGCGGCGCCCUGGUGGACAACUUGCUCGGCUCCUCCCAUGAUGGUACGCUUUUCGCUUUUACCAUCGUCGACGCGGCGUCCUGGAGACUUCUACGAUUCCUUCAGAACCUGGUCACAUCGGUCACGAAACUUACCGAGCAGCGUCCGGCUAACGGAAGCAACAAAGACAACGAGGAGGACGAGGAGGACGGGCGCACGUUGAUGCAGCUGGGGUUCCUCGACCCGGACCGACAGCUGCUCAACACGAACCGGCAAACGAACUUCCACAUCAACGGCGACAUCGUGAUGGCACUUCUGAGGCCGGGAGGCGUGGACGAUUUGGUUCGGAUGCUGCACUUGAUUCCCCGCAAACGGGAGGCCCCGCCUGGGGAACGGGCUCCCGGGGAACCGGAGAGCCAGGACUCGUGGGAUCAGGAGUUCGGCAUGGAUCUCGACGAGGCGCUGGGGGAUUACGAAGAUAACCAGAGGAACAAGAGGGAGGUGAAAGAGCGGGUGGAGCGGUUCCGACAACUGGCGGCGGAAUUUGGGACCGGUCAGCCGGCGGAGGAUAAGCUUGAGGAGGUGGUUGAGCGAGUUUUGAAAUGGGUCCGGGUCCUUUUGAUGUCGCCCAUGUAG